AUCUCUUCUGUGCGUGACGGUGGCGACAUCGUGACGCUUUUUUAAAGGUUUGGUGCUUGGUGCUUUUGCUUCUGGAUAUCGAUAGCAACUUCUAUUCCAGUUUAAUUUUGCCGGUUGUGUGGUUAUCAAGUUAAUUUAAUUCUACGAGAAUAAUGUCGGACGAAGAAACCCAAACUAAGCCUGCGGCCAGAAGGGGUCGCAAACCAGCAGCCGAAAAACGGCAAAAAAAAGAGGAUAAAUCUGAAAAAAAUGUGGACGAAGCUGGAGAUGCCCCCCCAAGCAAAAGAGGUAGAGGCAGGCCAAAAAAAGCGGCUGUCGCAAAAAAGGCAGAAUCAAAAACUAAUGGCACUACCAAUGCGCGAAGAGGGAGGCCCAAGAAGGAAAAGAAGCAAGAGAGUUCCGCUGAUGAGGACGAGAAUGAUAAAAGCAGUGAAGUUGAAGAUGACGAAUAAGCAAUUGAUAAUUUAUAAUGAAAUUUUAUCCAGUGCCAGUGGAUUACUUAGUGUUUAAUUUUUUUUAUUCAUUUGUCUAUUUGUAAUCACACCCGCAUAAUAUUUUGAAUAUUUAAAAAUUAAAAUGUAAUGAUUUCUCAUAUUUUUUUUAUGUAAAUGUUUUUUUGUCGUCUUGCACAAUAAAUAGUUUCUGAUUUUCUAAUAA